AUGGAGGACAACGCCGAGCUCGAGUCCUUUCGCCGCCAGUGGCGUGAAGAGGUCGCUCGUCGAUCGAAACCCACAGAUUCUGCACCUGCGUCUGAUGCUGCCCCUCCAUCCGCUGCUCCGAUUGUAUCUCCGACUGUGCUAAGUGCGACUCGACCUCCGCCAACGCGCCAUGCCGCUACUGACCGCAAGGGUCUGGACCAAGAGGGUCCUACGCCGGCCUCCUUCGAUCCGGAAGAGCUCGCUCAACAGGUUGGCGAGCUAAGUGUAACACAGGAAGAGGAAGAUGAGGAGGAAGAUGGAUUCACUCGUCGGGCACAACAGGAACCCAACUCGGCUCUCGAGCAUUUUGAGCGGGCGGUCGAGAAGGAAGCUGCAGGCAACUUGGGCGACAGUCUUCAACACUACCGCAAGGCGUUUCGGCUGGAUGCUGGUGUUGACAAGGCCUACCGUAACAAACACUUCGCUCACGUUUGGAAGAAGCCCGCUCAGCCUGCGCCAGCUGAGCCUGCAGCCGCCGUCCCUCUGACUGCCCCAGCGCCUGCAGAAGUCGAGUUUAUCCCCACGCCGCAACUGAUCGAGUCCUUCGCCCACCUUCCUAUCCCCCAGGCAGAGCCACUCAUCGAAGGGACUGACCCGCCACCAUGCCCGAUCGCGAAUGUUCCGUCGGAAGUUCUCGUUGAGAUUUUACGCCAUGUUGCCCUGCGAGACCCGGCAACCUUUGGUCGGAUGGCACUGGUGUGCAAGCGACUUGCCUACCAUUUUGCACAUGAGCAGCACAUCUGGAAGCGGAUCUGUCAACGGCCAGAGUUUGGAUUCCAGGGCAUGCACUACUCCUUUGUCUGUGAUACUCUCGGCCGUCCCAUCUAUACACUGGACGAUCAGCGAUACACUCCCUUCCCAGUCGGGGUACCCGCCCAGAUUCCUAGUUCGCUAUCGUCCUGGAGCCAGGUGUUCCAGUCCUACCCUCGUAUUCGAUUCACGGGAAUCUACAUCAGCACCGUUAACUAUUCACGACCUGGAGCCACAUCCUCUUUCCAGAAUGUAUCAUGGAAUAGUCCCAUCCACAUUGUGACCUACUACCGCUAUCUACGGUUCUAUCCCGAUGGAUCCGUGGUAUCAUUGUUGACCACGACCGAACCCGUGGAUGUCGUGCCGCAUAUCAGCAAGGAGAACGUUAUGGCUGCACGUGCUCCUUCCCAUAGACAGCAUCAACGACAUGCCUCGGAUCAGGGCCAGUCGCUUUCUGGGGCAACAGAGCCUGUCCCACCAGUCGCUAUGAAUGCUCUGAAAUAUGGCCUCCGUGGACGCUGGCGUCUAGCAUCCCCCGCCGACUUUGCGGAGAAUGCAGAUGAAAACAAGACUCCUCCCAUGGCGAAUCAAAGCCAAGAUUCCUAUGAUCCCCGUGAUGUCUUCGUGGAGACCGAGGGUGUCGACCCGAAGUACGAGUACACCAUGCACCUCUCUCUUCGGUCUCCCUCAGUAUCCAAGGCACAUCUGAAUCCAUCACGCAACACCAAACUCGUGUGGCGUGGGUUCUGGAGUUACAACAACAUCACGGAUGACUGGGGCGAGUUUGGGCUUCGGAACGACCGGGCAUAUGUUUUCCGACGGGUCCGCGGUUGGGGGCUGGAAUAA